AUGCUUAAUGUUAAAAAUUUUGGUCGAAAAACCGAAUCUGAAAACAAAACAUCACAAAUAUAUGAGAAUAAUAUUUAUAUUUUUAAUAUGGAAACUUAUUCAUGGGUCACGUCAUUUGAUACAUAUAAUAAAAUAAGCCAAGGAACUCCAAAAAAUAAUGAUGAAGAGUCACAAAAUAAAAAUGAUUCAACAAAACAGAUAAUUUUACCUGUUGUGAUAAGCAUUAUUGGGAUAAUUUGUUUAUUCUGCACUGUCUUGUUUUAUAAAAAGUAUCGCAACAAAAAUACUAAAAGCAUUCCAACACCCGGUGAUAAUGCAAAUUAUAAAGAAACAUGCGACAAUGAA